CACACACACACACACACACGCACACAGUGGCGUACACACAACACAUCUUUCAGACCCAUCCCCUGCUGGUCAGCGCCGAGCGCCCCUCGAGAGGCAGAGUGCCCACGGCGCUGCAGGAGGCCGUGCCUGGACCGCGUCUGGCAAGGAGAGACGGAGCCUGUGGCUGGUGCGGCUGCCGAGCAGGGCCAGGCCGGGCCCUGCCCGCAAGGACGCCCACACUCUUCGCCGGCCCCUGAGCCCGGGAGCUCACCAGGCUCUCCUGCUGGACCCGCCAUGACUUCAGAGCCCACGUCGCCCCCAGUAGUGCCCCCCCUCCACUCCCCCAAGUCUCCUGUCUGGCCCACCUUCCCCUUCCACCGGGAGGGCAGCAGGGUCUGGGAGCGGGGAGGCAUCUCAUCUCGGGACCUGCCCAGUCCUCUGCCCACCAAGCGGACCAGGACAUAUUCAGCGACAGCCCGUGCCUCGGCUGGCCCAGUGUUCAAGGGUGUCUGUAAGCAGUUCUCACGCUCACAGGGCCACGGCUUCAUCACCCCUGAGAAUGGAUCCGAGGACAUCUUUGUGCACGUAUCUGACAGCAUCGAGGGGGAGUACGUGCCGGUGGAAGGCGACGAGGUGACCUACAAGAUGUGCCCCAUCCCACCCAAGAACCAGAAGUUCCAGGCCGUAGAGGUGGUGCUCACACAGCUGGCCCCACACACCCCCCACGAGACAUGGUCCGGCCAGGUCGUGGGCUCCUAGGCGGGGGGGCUCACAUGUCGGCUGCUGGGCGGGUGGGGAGCCACGCUGGGUAGAUGGGCAGCAGCGGGCUCCGGGCCCCGCUGCGCUGGCUGACCCAGUCCCCUGGGCGGCCUCACUGUACACGUCUGUCCGUCUGUGCUUGUGGCCGUGAGCGUGUGCCUCCAUCCACCCCCGUGACCAGUGACUAUUGUGUGAGCCGGACUGAAGGGGAGGCCACCGGACCUGCCUUCUGUGUGUCCACUCUCCUCCCCCGCCCUGCCGCAUCCACACAGGACCCCCUCGCCCUCCUGCCCACUGAGCCUCUGAGGGCCUGCGUCAGGCCUGGGCCUGGGAGGCAGGGGCGCCAGGGGGCCCAUCGCACCAGCUUGUUCCCCUUGCCUCUGGCCCAGGGACCAGACUCUGCCUGUUCUGACACCUCCCGCCCUGGGCUGGGGUCCCCCACUGUGGCCUGUACCCUUUUCCCUCAGAAGCCAGGCCAGCGAGAGCCUCCCAGCCUCUGGCAGGGAGAGGGCACACCUUGGAGGCAGAGCCCUCCUCACCGCCGCGGCCCAGACUUCCUUCCAUCUGCCCCUCCUCCCAGCGUCCCGGAGAAGUAGGCAAGGAGCGGAGGGUGGAACGUAGGUGGUCACAGUCCCUCAGCCUGGCAAUGGCUCUAUGAACACGUUGAGGCUGCGUCCCUGCCCCCCCAAACGCCCCGGGCUGCGCUAAGCCACGCUGCCUCCACCCUCGAGAUGCGGAUCUGUGGAGGAGCAGGGGUGCAUCGCCCCCAGAUUGGACGGAGCCGUCCCCUUGGCCUGACCCGGGCUCUGCGGACACUCUGCCCAGGCCCACACAUGCCGGCUGCUGAGGACCUGGUGAUGCAGACGCGCGUCCCCUCAGGCUGGGCCUGGCAUGGGCACCCACAGGACAGCCCCCACCCUGCGAGACCAGCAGCCCUGCCUCCCCUUGCUGGGUCCUCUUCCCACAGCUACAGUAGGUGGCUGCUGCGCCCCCAACAGGCCAGUGGCCGACGUGUGUGAUCCCCAUCUUGUGAGUCCCUUGAGGUGUGUGUGUGUGUGUGUGUGCGCGCGCGCGCGCUACCGUGCAUGUGUGCAUUCACCCGGGUGGGGGGCUGGUCCCGCCUGGGAGGCCAGGAAGGAGCAGCUUUGCCUCCAUCCUACAGCCACCACCACCACCACCCUCCUUUCCAGAAAACACAUCGUUUGAUGGGAAAAGAAAUGGGGGUCAAGGGAAGGCCUGCCAGGGACAGUGACCUUUUGGAGACUGGGUUUGUGAGGAAAACGGGCUCAAAUGCCCAGAAUGAGGGGGUGUCUGUUUAGAAGGAUGCCCAGCCCUGCGGGUGCCCUGAGGCCCCAGGGUAGAGAUCAGCUGGGAUAGGUUCACCCCUCCCCUUCUCAGUCCCUGCAAGGCUGAGGGGCCAGAACUGCUGAGAUAUGCUGGCUGCACCCCAUCCCCAAACCAAGAAUGGUCCAGCCUGACCCCCUCCCCCUCCACUGCACUGGAGCUACUCUGGCAAGGACUUGCCCCAGAGGACUAUCCUUAGGCUUCCUGGCUUCCUUGGUGGAAGGUUUAUUGGUGCAGGUUAACUCCCCAGAGCAGCCUCCCCUGCCUCCUUAAGACACUAGCCUGGAGAUAGGAAGUGGUGACAUCAGCCCAGGGCUGCCUGGGGGGCAGAGGGGCAGGAGGGCUCCUCCAGACCCACAGCCCUGCAGCCAAGGCAGAGAUCCUCCUGAGCCCCCCAGCCGUCCGGAACCCCCCUCCCCCACCUCCUAACACUGGCAAUAAACCCUCAACUGUGACUCA